GCUAAUUUCAAGUAGUACAACUCAGAUAUAAUUCCGACUUCGAACGCGUGUGGCCAUGGAGCCACCAUGGCAAGCCGGCAUAAUAGAAACAGCGAACACGCCAUGUGGUUAUCCGUCAGUAGUUUAUAAAUUGUUAUAAACAUGCUUUGCCCGGAGUCGUGGAACGUUGCACCGCCACAACAUCAUUUUUCAAUAGACAGAAGCAAUUUUACAAAACCAGGUGUUUCUGCGAUAAUAAAGAAUCAUUACUUUAAUCAUUCGAUAUCUGUGAUACUGCCCGAUACUAUUACCAUUCCCAACAGUUUGCGAAAAUGUCAAGAAGAUACGGAUUAUUAUCGAGUAAAUGGACUGCGCGUUUGUGAUCUCGUAGACGGAGAAUUUAUUGAAGCUUUUGUUAAGAAAGGGGAAAUUAAUCUUCUGACAAUAGAGAACAAGAUCGACUUACAGAAUUCCAUUUGUAUAACUCCAACUGGCCAUUUAAUACUUUCUCUGGUAACUGAAGACUACCAAGCGCUUGGAUUAGAGGGAAAGGCCUCGUCAUUUGAGCCUCAUACACGUUAUGUAGUGACAAUUGAUCUGAAAAACGAAAGUUUCGUUGCUGGCAGGAAGAAUUACGAAAGAGUUCGAGUAGCGUUGAAAGAGCGUCUCAAAGAAAACUUUGACGUUAUAGUGUCGUGGGAUCCCCCAGAGGCCAAUAUAUGCCCAUCGUCCGUGGCAGCAUGGUUUUGCGCACGCGAUUAUAACGUCUGCCUUUGCCAACAAAGCUUUUCCCAGCGGUCCGAGUAUUCACAAACGAUACCUACUGUCCAGGACGAACACCUCGAUCAAUUAUUUGAAUGGUUUGGGAUCUUCAGCAUUAAUGGUGAUCUAUCUAACGAAAAACGAAAUGAUUACGUGAGCACCUAUGAGUACACCGGACCUUCUACAGACGUCGGACAGGUGCAGUACCUACAGUGGACCGGGUUCUUCACGCGGCAAAAAGUGCAAGAGAUAUAUGACGUGUUGAAGGAGUACGUAUUAUCGCGAAAAGAUCUACCGUGGCUCAGUUUCGACGUACAAGGAUUUGCGGAUAGUCCUAUCAGCUGGAACUUGAAGGAACAUAUGUUCUUCACUGACGGAGACAACAGCUACACUGUUGUUUUGCAACCUAACGGCAAAUCCGUUAUACGGAAGAGUUUAAGUUCUAAUAAUAGGCUAAGAAGGUGCAAUGUAACGAAUUCUUUAUUAAAUGUGUAAUAUAAAACCCCAAGUGUUGAAUGAG